AUGCCAACAGGUAUUCCACAUGAGAAUGUCUACAUCCGUACCAAAGACGGAGUGAAACUGAACCUCAUCUUGCUACGCUACACUGGAGGCGAUCCAGCUACUGGAGUCACUACUGGAAUCAGUUCCUGUCCUAUCGAUAUGUCCUCCAAUGCCGCAUGCCCUCCCUGUUUGUGUCUGGGCUGUCUGACCAGCUCAUCCCGCCUGUAA